UAUGUGAUUCUCAAUGCAAAGCACUUUGUGCAGCUGCACAAAUUCACUCACCAAGCAAAUAUGGCAAGAAGCCUGAAAGUGAUGUAAAUAUAUGCCACCACCAGCCUGACAGUUGCACAGAUAUACCUGUUCAAUUUUACCACAAAGUGUUUGCCAACUUUCUGGAACUAUGGAGAAACCAGGAUGACUAUGGCAUUACAGAAGAGAAGAAGAAUAUCCUAGAACUUGCUUCAUCACUCUCGACACCUUUAAAAGAUGAAGAAAAGCAUGCACAGAUUUUUCGGAAUUGGCUCACCUAUAAUGACCUAGAAAGUUACAUUUACAAAACACCUAAGAUAGAGUCAGAUGGCACACAUUUUGGCUGUUACAAUCAACAAUGUUUUCUUCUUGUAAACACAGAAGUGAAAACAGACUAUGGCACAACAUGCAGGGCCUAUCAUCAGAGUACAGCUACUACAACCAAUGAAUUGGUUCAUCAAAAUCGGGAUAAGAUCAUUUCACAGACUAAGACAUGUUUUCCAUCCUCCCUAUUGAUUCUAGAAGGAGUUAACUUGACAAUUUGUGGUGCAGUCUUCUCAGAUGUCUACUGUGUUGACAAGUUCAUUAUUAUUCCAUUUGAUGCUGCAAGCUAUAAUGACCAAAUUGCUUCAGAUACUGCAUGUACACUGCAAGCUUUAAAGAUUUGUGUGAAGGAAUUAUCUACAUAUUUAAUAGUAAUUGAAGAUCGGGUUCAAGACUUGGGAGAUAACAUUGACAACAUAUGCAUUUUCACUGUAAUCAACCAAUUGGAUGGGAGGCCUACAUGUCCAUAUAUUCCGCCUUCAAAUGUUUAA